UGAUUCGUUCUCCGUCAGCCAAAAGUCGUGAUUUUUAAGGUCGAUCGGAGAUGCCGCGGAAGGGAAUGCGCGGAUUCUUCUCUUCGUCUGGUCACUCGGAGCAGCGGCAGCGCGACCGCCGGCCGGCCGAGCGCUCCGUUUCGCUCUCACGCCGCACGUUCUCGGACACCAUGAUGGAGGACAACAUCGCCUCUGCGGAGCAGAUCAUUGGCCGCUGGGGCCUCGAUGUGGCCGGUUCCCUCUUCUCCGCCGCCGGCCGGCCCGAUUCCGUACACUUGCUGCGCGCAGCGGCGGAACUUCACCGCUCCAUGGUUUUCUUCUCCGAUCCCUCCGCGGAGUCCUCCACUUCGCCGGAGGAACGAUCCGCAGCGGUUUUACGCGCGCACGAACUCCUCGCGGCCGCCAUGCGCCGCCUCGAGCGUGAGAUGCAUCUGCUCCUCUCGGCUCAUCACUCCAUCCUCAACCCCAGAGAUUCUCUCCGCCUGCAAUAUGCCUCCUCUUCUGAUGUGUCCGACGUCGAGGAUGCCGAGGUGGACGGCAGCGGCGUCGGCGAGGCAAUGCAAGACCUUCGUGCGGUGGCCAAGACGAUGAUCUCCGCCGGCUACGGCAAGGAGUGCGUAAGGAUCUACACUACUAUGCGAAAAUCCUUCGUUGAAGAAUCCAUCUAUCGAUUGGGAUUCCACCGCAAGAAAGCUCACGUACACAAGCUCAAUUGGGCGGCGAUCGAGCCCACAAUCCAAUCUUGGCUCGCCGCCUUCCCUGUCGCCUUCAGAACACUCUUCUCCGGCGAGCGCUUCCUCUGCGACCAAGUCUUCAAAGGCUCCGACACAAUUCUGUGUCGAGAGUCCUGCUUCGCGGACAUCACUGGCGACGUUGCCGCCAGAAUGCUCGCCUUCCCUGAGUCGGUAGCGAGGUCGAAGAGGUCGCCGGAGAAGAUUUUCCGGCUCCUUGACAUCUACGACGCCGUCUCCGAGCACUGGCCGGAUAUAGAGACUUUAUUCGCCUUCGAAUCCACCGCUGCGGUUCGGUCGCAGGCGGUCGCGUCCCUCCUCCGGCUGGCAGAGGUGGCACGGGCAACGCUGGCAGAUUUCGAGGCGGCGAUCCAGCGGGAUGCUUCCAGGUCCGCCGUCCCCGGCGGCGACGUCCACCCCCUCACCCGAUACGUCAUGAACUACGUCCUCUUCCUCUCCGACUACAAAACUGCGCUCGCCGACAUCUUCGCCGACUUCCCCUUUCAGGCACCAUAUCCUCCGCCAGAGUCCCUGUUCGACGUGACGGCGGCGGCGACUCCCUCCUCUCCCUCUUCCCUCACCGCCGCCGCAGCCGGAUCGAUUUCAGCACGAAUAGCUUGGCUCAUUCUCGUUCUCCUCUGCAAGCUCAAUGGCAGGGCGGAGCUCUACCGAGAAGCGGCGAUCUCGUACCUCUUCCUCGCCAACAACCUCCAGUACAUCGUACGGAAGGUGAAAGAGAGCUACCUGGGCGUUCUCCUCGGCGACGAGUGGGCGGUGCGGCACGCCGAAAACGCGAGGCACUACCUGAGGAGCUACAAGAGGCUCGCGUGGGAGAAGCUGGCCGAUGAAAUUCCCAUGGAGACGGCAGACAUGACGGCGGAGGAAGCAGAGAGACGGAUGCGGCGGUUCGACGAUGCGCUGGAGGCAGCGUGCAAGGGGCGUGCGGUGGUGUCUGACGCCGAUAUGCGGGAGCAGGUGAGGGAGUCAGUGGAGAAUAUGAUCGUCCCUCAGUACCGAGUCUUCCACGAGAGGUGCAAGGCCGCUGUCGCCUCAGCGGCGGCGUUGAGGUUUUCGCCGGAGGACGUGAGGAACAAGAUCGAUGUGGUCUUCACCGGUUCGAAUGGAAGAACUUCGUCGCACGGUUCAUCUGCUUCCGGUUCAUACUCUGGCUCGACUGCUACCGGUUCAUCAAGGACAACGCACCGGUCUGAAUAAAUUAAAUAAAUUUAUUAGACA